AGGCAGGAUUUUUUAGAGCAUUGGGGCUAAAGCCAAUUCACUUUCUGUCAACACAAAUUGUUUUUUAUUUUUUAAAACUUAAGCCAAGCGUCGCUAGAGCAGGGAAUCCGGGGUAAACCAAAGGCAGCACACCUAGACACACACACCGAUACGGAUACGGUCAGUAUUAGGCUCGGAAACGUGAUGAUGAGUGGCAAGGCGGUCGGGGUGGUAGUCCUCAACUGCAGGACGUGCACGCGAGCAUGCAAGCAACACAAGCCGCUGCAGGAGGAGAUCGAGCUGGGUUUGGAGGGCAGCACCACGCUAGCCAGCAUGCUUCACUACUGUGCCGGGCUCUCCUUCGAGCCGCAGGACGGCGUGGCCAUGCCGCAGCACAUUUGCCUCAACUGCCUGCAGCUGUUGGAGCAGGCGUUCAACUUUAAGCGUAUGGUCAUCGACUCGGACGAGCUCCUGCGCCUGGGGCUGGACGAGGCGCACGGCGUUAGUCGCAAUCAGCAUCAGAGUCAGCCCCAGCAUCUGUCUGAGUCUUCACAGAACCCACACCACCAGCAGCAGCAACAACAACAGCAGUCCGGCGAGCCCAGGGAAGAAUACGUCAUGAUCGAGAUGCUCAACGAGGAGCAGGAGCCAGGCACUGAGGUGGAGGAACACGAGGCGGCGACGCACCACGACGAGGAGGAUUUCGUCAUCGAGGAAGUGGCCGAGCAGGAGGAGGAGCUGGCCGAGGAGGAGCGCAAGCACUCGCACACGGGAAGCCAACAGGAGCACAUCACCGUAGAGAGUGUCCACGAGUUCCAGCCCACAGAAGUGGAGUAUGUCACCAUCAAGGACGAGUACGAGACGAUCGUCACCGAAGAGGACGAGAUCGAGGUCAUGGACGAGUCCGGCGGCCACGACGAGAUGUUGAAUGGCCAGAUGAUUGUAAUACCCGCCGAAGGAGCCAUGGACGAAGUGAUCGGGGAGACCCUCGAGCUGGACGAGGACGAGCGCGAGGAGCAUUUGCUGGCCGAGACGGAGGAAGUCUGCGAGGAGGAGGACUUUCUGGAGGAGUCGCUGGACUCUUCGCCGCUAACAGCGGGCGAGGCCUUGCCUCACGUGUGCUCCGUCUGCCAGAAGGCGUUCCGCCAGCAGUGCCGCCUUAACCAGCACAUGCGCUCCCACGUGGACGAGAAACACUACGAGUGCGAAGAGUGCGGAAAGCGGCUGAAACACCUGCGUAACUACAAGGAGCACAUGCUGACCCAUACGAACGUCAAGCCGCACCAGUGCAAUGUCUGCGGCCGGUUCUACCGCACUACCUCGAGCCUUGCGGCGCACAAGCGCACGCACGCGGAGGAGAAGCCCUAUAACUGCGACCAGUGCGAUCGAGGCUACGCGGCGUACGAUCACCUGCGUCGCCACAAACUCACCCAUACCGGCGAGCGUCCCUACGCCUGCGACCUCUGCGACAAGGCGUACUAUGACUCCUCCUCGCUACGCCAGCACAAGAUCAGCCACACCGGCGAGAAGGCCUUCACCUGCGAGAUCUGCGGCGUGGGGCUCACCCAGAAGUCUGGCUACAAGAAGCACUUGCUGGUCCACUCCGGCGCCAAACCGCACAAGUGCCCCAUCUGCGGGCGGGCCUUCACCUUCACCAGCAACCUUAACGCCCACGUCCGCCUGCACUCCGGCGAAAAGCCGUUCAAGUGCGAGAUCUGCAUGAAGGCAUUUCCCACGAAGAAGCGCCUCAACAGCCACCUGCGCGUCCACAACAAAGAGGCGCCAGUGAAGGCCACCAACGGCGGCCAGGCGGUUGACCAUCGUCGUCGGGGCGUGGCAGGGGGCGCGGGGGGUGGCGCGGGAUCCGCCCUGCAUCUGAGCGAAGUACCUGAGCAGCCGGUGUCCACCUCCAAAGUGGUGGUGGUGCUCUGAGCGGAUUAGGUUCUAAGACUAGUCUAGGAUUUUUACAUUUACGACCAUGUUGAACUGUUGGAACACCAAACAUUAAACACACCCUGAUGACACUGUA